AUGUGCCGAGAGGCAGGCUGUGGUUGUUGCUCUGUCACUGUGAGCCACCUUCUGCCAGACUCUGACAAACUUCAGACAUACAGUGUGCAGUCAUGCCUGACUCCCCUGUAUGCAGUUGAUGACUGGCAGAUUAGCACAGUGGAAGGGAUAGGCAGUCAGAAAGUUGGCUUUCAUCCUAUUCAAGAAAGAAUAGCAAAGUUUAAUGGAACCCAGUGUGGCUACUGCACUCCAGGCAUGGUGAUGAAUAUGUAUGGCCUUCUUCAUCAAAACCCCAACAUCACAACUCAAGAGAUUGAAGACAAUUUUGAUGGAAACAUAUGUCGAUGUACUGGCUACAGAUCUAUUUUGGAUGCCAUGAAAUCUUUCUCCACUGAUGGAAAUAUUCCAGGAGCUAAGCCUGUUGAUAUUGAGGAUUUGAACAAACAUUUGUGCCCUAGAACUGGCGAGCCCUGCACUGGUCACCAGGAAGAGAAAGGUGGUAAGAGAAAUCUGGAUAUUGAGGUCAAUGGGAGCAGAUGGUACAGGCCAACAAGUUUGAAAGAUUUAGGAAAAUUAUUGAAGGAUAAUGUCAACAAGAAAGUCAAAAUGAUAUUUGGCAAUACUUCAACUGGAAUAUUUAAAAAUGAGGAGGCCUCUGAUAUCUACAUUGAUUUACAUCGAGUUGAAGAAAUAUACUGCUAUCAGUUAAGUGAUGCUGGAGUGACAUUUGGUGCUGCCACUUCCCUCACCAACCUUAUGAACAAACUGAAAGCUGAUCAAGACAAAGCUGGAUUCCAUUAUUUCUCAGCAGUUGUCAGACACCUCAAAUUUAUUGGCAAUGUCAUGGUCAGAAAUGCUGGUUCUAUUGCUGGCAACUUAAUGAUCAAGCAUAAACAUCCAGACUUCCCCUCUGACAUAUUUACUGUGUUGGAAGCAUUGGGAGCAAAAGUAGAUAUUUUUGAUGCAGACACAUCAACAACAGCAACAUACACAAUGUUGGACUUCCUGAGAAAGGUCAACAUGACUGGAAAGGUCAUAGUUGCUGUUCAGUUGCCCAAACUGGCAGAAAAUGAAGUUUUCAGAUCAUUUAAAAUAACUCCAAGAUGGCAAAAUGCUCAUGCUUAUGUGAAUGCUGCUUUCCGAUUGCCAGCAGUUGGGCGUGACAUCAAGGGGAGACCAUCGUUGGUUUAUGGUGGAAUUAAUGCUGAUACUGAACAUGCACUAAAGACUGAAGAGUUUCUAACCAACAAAACAUUAUCUGAUGCUAUUGUUCAAGAGGCACUAACCAUACUGUCCAAUGAAUUGAAUCCUGAAUAUGAUCAAGUACUAUCUUCUCCAAAAUAUAGGAAAGAUUUAUCUAUAUCAUUGCUCUACAAGGUUUUGUUGGGGAUAUACAAUCCAAGCAAUCCUAAACUAAGGUCAGGGCCAGAAAACAUCCAUCGUCCAAUCUCAUCAGGUUUACAGACAUACCAAGAAAUUAAGACUGAGCUCCCCUUAAAACAGGCCAUGCCUAAAAUAACAGCACCAUUACAGGCAUCUGGGGAGGCAGUAUUCAUCAAUGACAUGCCAGCUUUCAAGAAUGAAUUACAUGCUGCCUUUGUUUUGUCUGAUGUUGGUCCAGCUACACUAGUCUCCAUUGAUGCUUCAGAAGCACUGUUAUUUGCCUCAAAGGAAAUAUAUUUUGCUGGACAGUCAAUUGGAUUGAUCGUGGCAGAAACUCAGGUACAGGCCUUCAAUGCAGUGAAGAAAGUGAAGGCUACUUACACUGACCUACGUAAACCUGUCUUAAGUCUGGAUGACAGCAUGUCCUUGAACUAUAAGUUUGAUUCUAAAGUACCAGAUGUAUGUUUGGGUGACCCAGAAAAUGCUUUCAAGACAGUUGACAAAAUAGUUGAAGGUGAAUGUAGAAUGGGAGCCCAAUAUCAUUUCUUUUUGGAGACACAUGUGUCAUUGGCAGUUCCCUCUGAGGACGGCAUUGAUCUCUAUGCCUCGACACAAUCAGCUGACUUGAACCAACAUGCUGCUGCUAACGUCAUUGGAAAGCCCAUGAAUUAUGUCAAUGUGACUGUGCCUCGUCUUGGUGGAGGUUUUGGUGGCAAGGCUUGGGACUCAUGUUCAACAUCCACUGCCUGUACACUUGCGGCUUAUCUCACUGGAAAGCCAGUGCGCAUUGCUCUUGAUCUGUCAACUAAUAUGAGACUUUGUGGCAAAAGACCAAAUAUUAUAACUAAAUAUAAGGUUGGAUUCAGUAAUGAUGGUAAUAUUCAAGUCAUUGAUAUGGAUUUGUAUGGAGAAGUCGGCCACAAUGAUGGAAGAACAUCUGACUUUGUGUUGAUAGCUAAAAGCAUGGACAUGUGCUAUUAUGUUCCUAACUGGCAUAUACGGGUGCAUCUUUUGAAAACUGACAAGCAAAAUAUAUCCCCAGUCAGAGGCCCUGGCUCAAUACCAGCUUCACUUAUUAUUGAAACUAUAAUGGAACAUGUGGCUAAAGCAAUAGACAGGCAUCCCAUCCUUGUGAAGGAACUCAAUUUGUAUGAGAAAGACCAGAUUGAUUUGAAUGAUGAACUGAUGUCUCAGUGCACUAUUAGAGAUUUGUGGCGACGUCUUAAAGACAUUGCAGAGGUGGAAGGAAGAAUGAGAAUUGUGGAUGCUUUCAAUCAGGAAAAUCUUUGGAAGAAAAGGGGCAUAACUAUGACUUCAUGCAAGUAUGAUAUGAACUGGUUUGGCACUGGACAAGCAGCAAAUGUUUCCAUCUAUGGAAGGGACGGCACUGUGGUCAUUUGUCAAGGAGGUGUAGAGAUGGGUCAAGGUCUUUAUACUAAGGUGAUUCAAGGUGUGGCAUAUAUCUUGGGGGUGCCCAUUGACCUGAUCAAAGUCAGACCAAAUCAGAAUAUUGUUACACCAAACAAUAAUGUGUCUGGAGCCAGUGUGUCCAGUGAAAUGGCAAUGCAGGCAUCUAUUGAAGCAAGUAAUAUUCUGAAAGCGAGAAUGCAGCCAAUCAGAGAAAAGUUUCCAGAUGCCAGCUGGAAAGAGUUGUGUGUAAAAUGUGUGCAAAACAGAAUCAAUCUGAAUGCACAUUACAGCUUUUCUUUACCAGCUGGUCGUAAAACUUUGCAAUACUAUACUUACUGCGCUGCUGUAAUAGAAACUGAGGUGGAUGUUCUAACUGGCGAGUCACAGAUUAGAAGAGUUGAUUUAAUGGCUGAUUUUGGUGAAAGCCUCAACCCAACAAUUGACAUUGGUCAAGCUGAAGGAGCUUUUGUCAUGGGCCUAGGAUGUUAUUUGUCUGAAGACAUUAUAUUUGAUGGACAAACUGGCAGGAUUCUAAAUGAUGGGACAUGGGAGUACAAACCACCUACCACUAAAGACAUUCCCAUAGACUGGAGAAUCUAUCUUUUGCCAGACACACCCAAUCCUUCUGGCAUCCGAAGCUCAAAAGGCGUAGGUGAGCCAACCAUCUCUUUAGCUGUUGGUGCUCUUUUGGCCAAUAAACUAGCAGUGCAUUCAGCCCGCAAAGAUCUUUUUGGAGCAAAUGACUACAUUCCAUCUGUUUCUCCCUACACUGUGGAAAGAGUUCAACAAAGUGUUGGCCUUACAGCAGACAAGUUGACCUUCUAGUAUUCUCAAGGCCACUGGCUUGCUCUCUUGAUAUCUGCAAGCCUUUGUGUUGUUAAUUUCCAAUUUCUGAUUGUAAAUGUACAUAUAUGAACUAUGUAUAAUUAUUUAUAUAUAGCUAAGGCAUUCAUGUUAUAUAUUUUUGUAAUUUUUUUCCUAUCAUUUUCAGGAUGAAUGAUCUUUUUAAUAACUUAAUAUAAUUACAAUAAUUUUUAUUUGAGUUUGUUAUAUAAUUGAUUUACAUAUUGUAUAACAUUUAUUUAGCCAAAAGUAUUGUAAACUACAUAUGCACUCUUUUAAAGCCUCUGUCCCUACUAUAUACAAGCUAACUUACACAUAAUAGUAUUAAUAAGGUAUUGGGUUAGAGCCUGACAAAGAUUGAGAAAGAGUCUGGUAUUUCGCAUGGUUAUACAGCAUUAGUUGUAAUCUUUCUACUUUGUUAUACCCAGUGCUUUUUUUGUAAAAAGGUUGAUGGAGUACUCAGUGAUGGAUUGAGUAACUUUUAAUUACGAAUAAAUUAAUAAUAAAUGUUAAAAUAAAGAAAAGUAAUAAUUAAUUUUUCCCCACAUUGAAAAAGGUGCUGAUAUGCUGUAUGGGUGCAUACCGUCACAAAAAAAGCACUGGUUAUACCUAAAGAGAACAAAAGCAACUAUAUAUUGUUUUUAACAUGUACAAUUUUUCACUCUUCAAUAUAAAAAGAUAUGACUAUAGCGUGCCUUUUUUAAAAAAUAUUUUUUCUCCUUUUUUUUUUUCCUGUUGAGUUUUAAAUAUACGCAAGAGAAAAAAAAAUGUAGAUUUAGCUGUGUGCCUUUCAAGCUGUCAUCUAAAGAAAAAACUAUACUUGAUAGGCUAAUUUGAAAGUGCUCUAAUGGGUGCUUGACAGUAGGUGAGGAGACGUAAAAGGCAGUUGCUCGUUGUGCUGGCCACAUGACACCCUCAUUUACCUCAUUAACAGAAACAGAUCAUCCGCCCUAUAGAUUUGUAAGGUCUGAAAGGGGAACGUCACUUAACUUCUUUCUUAAUUAUACAUUCAGUGCAGUUGUGUUGUGAAGUAUACCAUUCACACUGGAACUUUAUUGAUCAAAUGAAUGACACACUACAUGAUUGGGUAGAUCAAACUCUUGAACACUGAUCAAAAACUGUUAGCCUGAACUCUAGGCUGAUUCUUUCUUAUCUAGAAGUAUUUAUUGUUUUUAUUUAUACUACCUGAAAACAAUUCAAUUAUAUAACUGGAAUUUAA